AUGGACCAAACCUCCGAGCCUAAUGCCGCCGCGAUGCACAACGUUCAGCGUCGCCGCGGCUCUGUGGGCACCUCCCAGCUCUUUGAUAACAUUGUGUCCACUUCCAACUUUGACCGAGAUGAAGUGGAUCGUUUGCGGAAACGUUUCAUGAAGCUUGAUAAGGACGCCUCCGGCACCAUCGACCGAGACGAGUUCCUCUCCUGCCGCAGAUCUCUUCCAACCCGCUUGCCACUAGGUUCGUUUAUUCGCCGUUCGCAGGGCGCCUAUCGCGGGACAAAAAUUAAUGUGGGGUUUCUUUUCAGAAUGAUCGCCAUCUUCGACGAGGACGGUGGGGGGGACGUUGAUUUCCAGGAGUUCGUCACUGGUUUGUCGGCCUUCAGCUCGAAGGGUAACAAGCAGGAGAAGUUGCGCUUCGCCUUCCGCGUCUACGAUAUCGACCGCGACGGAUAUAUCUCCAACGGCGAGCUCUUCAUUGUGCUCAAGAUGAUGGUUGGUAACAACCUGAAGGACAUUCAGCUGCAGCAGAUCGUCGACAAGACCAUCAUGGAAGCCGACCAGGACGGCGACGGCAAGAUCAGCUUUGAAGAGUUUACGCACAUGGUGGAGAGCACAGAUGUGAACUUGAGCAUGACUUUGAGUAGGUACCUUUCCAGUGACAACCUCCGUUGGGAUGCUGACAUAUAA